GUUUUAGGGCAUAAUGUAAGGCAUCUAUUCUACUUCCACGUCUACUAGCAGUGCCCAGUGCUAGAACAAAUUUGCUAGGCAAAGCUGCGAUAACGCGCACCUUUCAUAUACUCAAUGAAGUAGCGGACGGCACAGAUCUUUUUACAUGUUCCCCGAGUGAGUUCACAAAAAUCGCACUUUAUGUUAUAUGUUAUAAUUAAUAUUUACAUUGUUCAAAACAAAAUACAAUUUUAUUGUAAUAAUAAAAUACAAGACUUAUGCAAUAUUUAAAAAAUAUUUACGUUCAUUCCUGUAUGGCGCGUCUAAACGGGCCAUGUUUUGCUGCAAUUGAUGGCUGCACUGUUGGCCACUAAUUGUCCGGCCAUUAGAAAAAUAUUUUAAUGCAGCUGAUGGCCGAACAAUCUAUGGCUGGGCAAUGUGUUGCAAUAUGUCUGCAAUAGUAUGGCCCAUGAUGCAGACUCCUAAACGGGCCACACAAACCGGCAACAAUGGGUGACGAAAUCACACUGAUCGCAGCAGCUUUUAUUGUUUUAAAAAAUAAACAGAAAAAGAAGAGAUUGUGGAUUCGACCUUACCUAAAUAGGCGUGAAACCUUAGACAAUUUGAGUCUUGAAAUAAGCCUUGAUAAUAAAUAAUUCAAGAAAUUUACAAGAAUGUCAAAAGGCGACUUUGUCUUUCUUUUAAACAAAAUUGGACCAAAAAUAAAAAGAAAUGAUACAAACAUGAGAACAGCAAUAUCUGUUACCACGAGAUUGGCGAUAACUCUAUGGUUUUUGGCAACUGGAGAUUCAUUUAAAAGUUUGAUGUACCUGUUCCGAGUGUCAGAUGCUUCGAUUUCUACUAUUAUUCCAGAGGUGUGUGCAGCUAUUAUAGAAGGAUUAAAAGAAUACAUCAAGAAGCCGUCAGGAGUCACAGAGUGGAAACAAGUUGCAAAAGAUUUCAAGGAUCGUUGGAAUUUCCCUCACUGUUUGGGUGCACUAGAUGGCAAACACGUCGCAAUUACCUGUCCACCGAACAGUGGCAGUCAAUAUUACAAUUAUAAGCAGUUUUAUAGCAUAGUGCUAUUUGCUGUAACAGAUGCACGUUACAAUUUUCUAUAUGUACAUGCUGGAGUUCAAGGAAGUAUAUCUGAUGGGGGAGUUUUUAGACAUACAGCUUUUGGGAAAGCACUUCUGCGUCAAACUCUCAACAUACCACAUCCUGAAACCCUUCCCGGCCGAGAAAUGUUAACACCGUAUAUUUUCCUGGCAGACGAUGCAUUUCCCUUAACAGAGAAUAUUUUCAAGCCCUAUACGUUAGAUUUGAACAUAGGAUCUCCAAAACGUGUAUGUAACUAUAGAAUAUCUCGAGCACGCCGUAUUGUAGAAAACUCUUUUGGUAUCUUGUGUUCAGUUUUCCGUAUAUUACACACAACUAUUGAUGUUGAGUUAAAACAUGUGCAAGAUAUAGUUGUGGCUUGUGCACAUUUACAUAAUUUUUUGCGACGAAAUACAAGAGCAAGAUCUCUGUAUUCACCUCCUGGGACCUUUGAUAGUGAAGAUAUUGACGUUGGUAGAAUAAUGCCAGGCUCAUGGAGAGAUGACGAACAAAGUUUAACAGAUUUAAGAAUAUUGGGAAGGAAUGCAACCACAAGAGCAAAAGCAAUAAGAGACGAAUUUAUGCAUUAUUUUAUGACAGAGCAGGGGCGAGUAGCAUGGCAAGAUAAAUAUUUAGAAGGAACAAGUUCAAGAUAACAUAACAUUCAGUAACAUAACAUAGCAUUCAGAGGGAAGAAGUUUAAGUUAUCAAUCGAUAUGAUGCAUACUUAAUACACAGAUAUGUACAUUUUUAAUUUCUAAAAUACUUUAUUAAAGAUACUUACGUUAGAA